GAUGAGGUUAAUGAUGAGGAUGAUGAUGAGGAAGAGAAUGAGGAUGAUGAGGAAUAUGAUGAUGAGGAUGAUGAUGACGAAGACGAUGAGGGUGAUGAUGAGCAUGAUGAGGAUGAUGAUGAGGAUAAUGAAGAGGCUGAUGAUGAGGAUGAGGAUGAGAAUGAGGAUGAGAAUGAUGAUGGUGAUGAGGAUGAUGAUGUGGAUGAGGAAGAGGAUGAUGACGAGUAUGAUGAUGAUGAUGAUGAGGAUGAUGAUGAGGAUGAUUAUGAGGCUGAUAAUGUGGAUGUUGAUGAUGACGAGGACGAUGAUGCGGAUGAGGAUGUGGAUGAUGAUGAGAAUGACGAUGAAGAUGAGGAUGAGGAUGAUGAUGAGGAUGAUGAUGAGGAUGUAGAGGACGAUGAUGAUGAGGAUGAUGAAGAGUAUGAUGAUCAGGAUGAUGAUGAGGAUGAUGAUGAGGAUUGUGAUCAGGAUGAUGAUGAGGAUGAAGAUGAGGAUGAUGAUGAGGAUGAUGAUGAGCCUGUGGAUGAGGAUGAUGAUGAGGAGUAUGAUGAGUAUGAUGAUGAGGAUGAUGAUGACUACGAUGAUGAGGAUGAUGAUGAUGAUGAUGAUGAUGAUGAGGAUGAUGAUGAUAAUGAUGAUGAGGAUGGUGAUGAGGAUGAUGAUUACAAUGACGAUGAGGGUGAUGAUGAGGAUGAUGAUGAUGAUGAGGAUGAUGAUGUGGAUGAUAAUGAUGAUGAUGAGGAUGAUGACGAUGAGGAUGAUGAUGAGGAUGAGGAUGAUGAUGAUGAUGAUGAUGAGGAUGAUGAUGAGGAUGAUGGUGAGGAUGAUGGGGAGCAUAAUUGUGAGAAUGAUGAUGUGGAUGUUUAUGAGGAUGAUGAUGCGGAUGUUGAUGAGGAUGAUGAUAAGGUUGAUUUGGGACGUGAUGAUGAGGACGAUGAACGGGAUGAGGAUGAGGAUGAUCCUGAGGACCAUGAUGCGCCCGAUGAUGUGGAUGACGAUGAGGAUGAUGAUGAGGAUGAAGAUGAGGAUGAUGAUAUGGAUGAUGAUGGGGAUGAAGAUGACGUUGAUGAUGAGGAUAUUAAUGAGAAUGAUGAUGAGGUUGACGAUGAGCAUGAUUAUAACGAUGAAGAUGAGGAUGAUGCUGAGGAUGAUGAUGAGGACGAUGCUGCGGAUGAUGAUGAGGAUGAUAAUGAGGGUGAUGAUGAUAACGAUCAUGAGUAUGAUGAUGAGGAUAAUGAUCAGGAUGAUGAUGAGAAUGAUGAUGAGAAUCAUAAUGAGGAUGAUGAUGAGGAUGAUGAUAAGGAUGAUGACGAGGAUUAUAAUGAGAAUGAUCAUGAGGCUGAUGAUGAUGAUGUUGAUGAGGAUGAUGAUGAGGAUGAUGAUCAGGUUGAUGAUGAUCAUGAUGAUGAGGAUGAUGAUGAGGAUGAUGAUGGGGAUGAUGAUGAGGAUGAGNUGAAUGAUGACGAGCUUGCUGAUGAAGAUGAUGAUGAGGGUGAUGAUGAGGAUUAUGAGGAUGAUCAUGACGAUGAUCAUGAGGCUGAUGAUGAGGACGUUGAUGAGGAUGAUGAUGAGGAUGAUGAUGAGGAUGAUGAUGAGGAUGAUGAUGAUGAUGAUGAGGAUAAUGUUGAGGAUGACGAUGAGGACGCUGAUGAGGAUGAUGAUGAGGAUGAUGAUGAGGAUGAUGAUGAGGAUAAUGACGAGAAUGAUGAUGAGGAUGAUGAUGUGGAUGAUGACGGGGAUUAUAAUGAGGACAAUGAUGGGGAUUAUAAUGAGGAUGAUGAUGAGGAUGAUGAUGAGGAUGAUGAUGAGGAUGAUGAAGAGGAUGAUGGGGAGCAUAAUUGUGAGAAUGAUGAUGUGGAUGUUUAUGAGGAUGAUGAUGCGGAUGAUGAUGAAGAUGAUGAUAAGGAAGAAGAUGAGGAUGAUGAUAUGGAUGAUGAUGGGGAUGAAGAUGAGUUUGAUGAUGAGGAUAAUAAUGAGAAUGAUGAUGGGGAUGACGAUGAGCAUGAUUAUAACGAUGAUNNNGAGGAUGAUGCAGAGGAUGAUGAUGAGGACGAUGCUGCGGAUGAUGAUGAGGAUGAUGAUGAGCAUGAUAAUGAGGGUGAUGAUGAUAACGAUGAUGAGCAUGAUGAUGAGGAUAAUGAUCAGUAUGAUGAUGAGAAUGAUGAUGAGAUUCAUAAUGAGGAUGAUGAUGAGGAUGAUGAUAAGGAUGAUGACGAGGAUGAUGAUGUGAAUGAUCAUGAGGCUGAUGAUGAUGAUGAUGAUGAUGAGGAUGAUGAUGAGGAUGAUGAUGAGGAUGAUGAUGAGGAUGAUGAUGAGGAUGAUGAUGAGGAUGAUGAUGAGGAUGAUGAUGAGGAUGAUGAUGAGGAUGAUGAUGAGGAUGAUGAUGAGGAUGAUGAUUAG